CUCUGCAACAGUUUGUCAGGGUGGAUAAAUUUGAAAAUUAUUUUAGCUCACACAGAGUGAAUGUCUAAUCGAGAAUAUCACUAUAAUUCAUUCUCAAAUCAUCUUCUGUCAGUAAGAACAUGACAUGUGUCCUCUAACCGGAGGUUUCGCCGCUAAAUGACACCACAGAUAAACGGUUAUAAUCAGGGCCCUCUGACGAGGUGGUUUUACUACAAAAUGAUACUACUAAAUUAAGUGAUGACCAGAGCCCUUAUGUUCGUCAACGGCUCUAAAUCUUUGAGUAAUAAAUCAAUAGGAUAUCAUCGAUAGGGCACGAAGCACUUUGUUAGCUAAGAUGGAUUCAAAAUUAUCCCCUUAAGCAAACAUUCACCUCAAAUCUACAAGGUUCCCUUAUACGAAGCAGCUCAUGACUGCCGACAAGGAUCCUUCAAUUAGGUUGGGCCGACUACCUCCUCGGACUAAGUAGACUAGGGACCAUGAUGACCCGGGACGAUGGAACCAUGGGAUCAUAAUCAAGUUCAUCAUCAUUCCCUUUAUCAUCCGCUUUAAGUGCGUGGUGAUAAAUACUUCGAUUUUCAAUUUGUAAUUCUGCUACUAGUAUAUGCUGGGUACUACAUAUCUUUUCAAAGACUAGCCCGAAUCAAAAGUUUUCUCUCGUUAUCGGGAGGGGUAAUUAACUAUGGCGGCUUGCGCCUAUAGGAAAACAAAACUCAUAUCAUGAAGUCCUCGCAAAAUGAGGGCAAAAUCUAUGGGUAGUGUCUUAUCUAACAACCCAAUAUGCCUUCUGAGAAUUUACCCUAGAACAUAAACUUGUUAAAACUCCUCACCAAUAGAAAGAAAAGGGUUGCGGAGAGGUCGGGCGCUAAUUUUCAGAGCCCACAUGUUGAAAGAAAAUCACAACAUGGGAGAUCUAUUUUCAAAAUCAAAUUAUCAUGUUUCAAAGAUAAAUGUCUCAAAUAACUUUAAUGCCACCCCAAUAUGCUGAUGCUAGUGUUUGAAAGUAAAUCUCAAUUGGAAGUGUUAAUUCUCAAAAUUCAAAAUUUCAAGCUGUAAAUAUAAAUAUUUUUUAAAGUAACUUCAAUGUUAUCUCGAUGAUAGCCAUGCUAAAAGAAGAUCUCAACGGGAGAGGUUGAUUAUUAAAAUCAUUUUUUCACUUUGCAGAUGCAAAUAUUUUUAAGUGAGUUUAAUGUCAUGCUAAUGAUGGCCUCUUGAAAUCUUAAUCGAAGGGGAUGACAUUACUUUCAAAUGCUUCUAAAUUCAAAGUUAAUCAUUUGGGGCUUCAAUUCCAUUAAAAAUUAAAAUUUACUAUUUAUUAAGUGAAAUUAAUCUCUCAAUAACUUAAGACAAUUUAUCUGUCAUUCAUAACUAUUUGUCGAGGGUGAUAAAUUUAAGAAUACUUUCAACUCAUAAAAAGCCAAUAUUUUGUAGAUAAUAUCAAUAAGAUUAUUUUUAAAAUAAUCUCUCAAUAAGGAUGUCACGCUUAUCUUCUAACUUAUGGUUUUACUCCUAACUGGUGUUUGGACACUUUAGAACACCAUUUUGAACAUAUCAUUUAGUUUGUCAUUUUUGCUAAACUUUUUCCAACAAUUCUUGGGGCCACACUUAUUAGAAAAAACCUGUCAUGUUAACUAUGUUGUAUACAAAAUUAAUAUUAGUAAUAUGGAUGGUUACGCAUACAUAAUAUUAGGCGUUCUUCUGAUUUCAUGUCCUAUGUCACUCAGAUUUUGUGCGUCACCAUGUCCAUGUUUCUGCUUUAUAGGAAUUGGAUGGUGGACUCAACACUUAAGUACCGGAAAACUAAUAAAAUUGUCCUUUGUUCAAGAGGUAUGGAUCUGCCUUUUACUUUUGGAUUUUGCUACAGGUACAAGACGUUGCUUCCCCAGCUUUGCAGAUGAUAUUAUUCAUGCAAUUCUUUUUGUGAUGAAUAAUCACCGUUCAAGUCUAAUAAAUACAUUUGAAGACGAUGAUUGCUCCAAAAGUCUAAGAAUUCGUCUAAACAAGUAUUCAGAGGUUAUUCCCGUGGCUUCGGAUUUUUAUCCUUGGAAAAUGAUGAACAUGCUGAUGCAGCAAUACAUGAUGUCGACCAGACUGAGUGGACUGGUAGGAUUCUACUGGUGGAGAAAUCAAAGUCCUCUACACGCUAAAGCUUUUUCUUAUAUUUUACUCGGAGGAUGAGGGAUUAACAUCUAAUCUCAUGAGCUAUAGUUCUUCCAAAUAUAUGGCACCAAUAAAGAGUUUAUGGCAAGUAUGACUUGAAAAAACUCAGCUUUUGAUUUACAGUUUUCCUCUUUGUCAAACUAAACUCUCCUUCUGUCUCUUUACCAAGUAAUAUCUCAAAUUUUAGUAACUUGGAUGUCUUUUUUCUAAUCUCUGUUAGGGCUAUCAAUUCCUGACACGACCCGCUAACCCGACCUGAACCCGACCCGAAAAAUUCGGGUUCGUGUCAACCCAUGAAAGAAACGGGUCGGGUCCGGGUUGAAGGAUUUGGCCCGUUUAUAUAUUCGGGUCGGAUUCAGGUCAACCCGUCAACCCGCGGGUCGACAUGAAUAACCCGCUAAGCGACUCGUUUCGUAAUUUUGUUUACUCAUUUUAAUAAAAUCUGCGAUUCCGCGCCCGAGUCCCGACAUGCUGUAAGCUGUUCGAGACUUCGAGAGACGAGAGUCGAGAGGGUUCUAGGGUUUCAUUUCUCGGUUUCUCCUCGCUCUCACGCUCUGGCUUUGGGGUGGAGCCGUGGAAUCGACGAAUCGUGGAGGAGCUGAUGGAGGUUUCUUGAUAUCUUCUUCUGAUCUUCUGAGUUCUGAAACAUCUGGCUUCGGUCCUUCGGAAUUCUUCCUUGAAUCCUCUUCCUUUCUCCAUUUCUCAGUUGCGACUUGCAAUGGUUGGUAAUAUCUUGAAUAACUCUUAAAUCUUAAUUAUUUGAAGUGUUGGUUUGAUACUUUGAUGGUGGUCGGUUGUUUCGAUUUUUAUUUGACCUAAUUUGGUGGUCGGGAUGAGUCAUUAGUCAUGCGAAAUCGAAACUGUGAAUAUGUGAUGGCCUGGUGGGUUUUAUGUUUAUGUAUAAGUUCUUCUUCCUUUAGUUCCUAUGAGUUAUGAGUAUAAGACUAUAAGUGUUUUACUGUAUGUGCCAUGGCCGACUUUUCUAGUUUUCUGGAGUAUGCUGCACAUUUUCUUGCUAAAAAGUUCUUCUUCCUUCUGUUAUAUUGUUAGUUAGAGUGUCGUUUAGUGAUUUACUAUUACAGUUUUCCAAUUUUCUUGCUAUUGAGAUUACGGCUUGUUUUGUUGUUGAGAUUACGGCUUGGUAGUUAGUCGGUUGGGCCUCUUGGAGUUGUCGGGUUGCUGAGUUGCUGUUGCUGUAUAACACUAUAACUGAUUAAAUGUAUUCAUGUUAUUAUGGAAUAUUGGAAUUUUCUUGCUGUAUAACUGUGAUGUUGUUGCUGUAAGCCUGUGAUGCUGCACAUUUUAUGGGAAUGUUGGUGUAAGCAUGUUGAUGUUAUGAGUACAAUUUUGUAUUUUUGUGUUUAGAUGCAGGAUUCUAAUACAAUUGAGGAAGUUGAACA